UUUUACGAUCGCUUUUACGAUGACUUCAUGAGAUAUAGCAUACUAGGAGGAAUGUUCUCGGGAGUAUCGGAUAUGACAAUGGCUGCGUCAGCAUUAGGUGCAGGAGCAGUUCAAUCGCAAAUGAUGCAGAAUGCACAAAGCGAACAGCUGACGCAGGAUAUACAGACUCAACAGAACACGACAAGAAAGUCUAGAUCAUGCGUCGCAACAUUCUCGUAUAUGGCUAUGAACGGCUCUCCAGUGUAUAGGUGCGAGUGUUCUGGAGAGAUCUCUUAUCAGUACAAUAGAUGUGUGGCUCCUGGCGGUUAA